UCAAGGAGUCAAGUCAUAGCUUACUAUUCACUCAUCUUUGACCAAUUGCUUAAAAUAUUCUUUAAAGAAUAAUGGCCACCAUGGUAUUCUCACAACUUAUCUGGAUCAAUUUCUCAAUCUCACUAUUGCUCAAUAUCCAAUCAGCUGAGGGCGUCUGCUGCCAACCACAAGACAGAAAUGUUAUCACCGGAGCUGCAGGAACUUGUGACGAUGGCAGUCUUGGCGACAUUUGCUGUGGGGUGGGGCAAUGCAACUUUUUUUGCUGCGCCUGUGACGGUGGGUGUAUCAUGGGAAAUCCAACAAACAUUCCGCCCGGACCACCGCCCGGUAUCGCGGUCCCAACGGGGCGCAAGAAAAGAUGGACUGGCGGCUUACCUGUCCCGCGCAAAGGAACCAUGUACCCAAGAGAAGAUAGCUUCAGAAUUAUGGAUCUCGACGGUGACGGCCAGAUUUCGUGGAGUGAGGCGUAUCAAAUUUUAAUGACAGGAAGGAUUGGGGAUCCCAUCUUGAAAAUGAGCUUUGUUCCAAGCGAAUUUAACAGACUGGAUUUGAACAGGGAUGGAUAUCUUAGUAGGUGGGAAAUCGGUGCGAAUUAAUGAGUCCAAUGCGGAUUCAUCAUUUAAUUUAAAAAUUGUAUGCAAAAAUUUUAUUACUAUGGUGCUACCAAGAUUAUAUU